AUGGCCAAGUUCCUAUUCCGAGCGUUGACUACGCUCCUCGUAUUUAGUUAUGGCCUCUUUACCAUUGUUCUUUAUGCCCUGAUUGCCCUGAAGAAGGGUACCUAUUUCAAGCGUCCUACCGAGAAGGAGAAACUGGAACUGCAGCUUGCUCGUGAUCGUCUCUGGAACCUGUCGGAGGACUUCAAAGGUCUUUCUCACCACAUGCUGACCUUGCCGAGCGGGUUCAAGUUUCACUUUGUUGCCAAUGACAAGCCUAAUACACCGGAAACCCUCAAUUCCGAUAAGCCUCUCGUCAUCUUCAUCCAUGGAUUUCCAGAUAGCUGGGCUAUCUGGCGACACAUACUCAAAUCACCUGCCCUCCACGAGGCUGCCUCUCUGGUUGCUAUUGACCUACCCGGUUAUGGAGGCACCGAGAGCUUGGAUAAAUACAGCGCUACAAAUGUGCUAGAAAAAUUGACCGAAUUGAUUAUCACUCUUCGCACCCAAUAUGGUGUGGACUCGAGCGAAGAAACCAACAAGAAGAGGGCUAUCAUCGUUGCGCACGAUUGGGGCUGCGUCUUGUCGAUGCGCCUUGCCGAGGAAGCUCCAGCUCUGGCACAUCGCUUCAUCUUGUCUAAUGGACCAACAAUGAAACUCAUUAAACAAAAUAUCAGCCGCAGAGUUUCGACAACCAGGAAGAUGCUCGGCAAUGCCUGGCGCUCACCACGCGAUGCGCGUGUCCCACUCAUGCAGGCACUUCGCAACAUCGCCCCCAUCGGCCGCCAGAUCUUCUUGUCAGGCUAUAUCUUCGCCAUGCAACUGCCUGUGCCAUUUGCACACCAAUUCCUCACCGGUGGAAACUACUCCCUUCUCAAGGGCGUUCACGUCCGCGCCUCCGGUGGUAGCAUAACACCCUAUGAUGCGGCGGAGGGUAUGGCAAGCAGCAUGGGCCCAUCAGUCGCCGAAUUCAAAUCCAAGACUGCGGUAGGGGAUGGAUACCCCGCCACCUUGGAGACCGAGCGCGAAUUUGCGCACACAAUGCACAUGGCCGGUUAUUACCGCGAUGGCGCGUCGAUUGCACGCUGGACGAAAUCCAUCGAGACAAUCGCCAGCCUGCAUAGCAUCUCCAGCGGAAGUGAGCUGCGCCGGCCGAGUAGCGGUGCUGGAUUAUUCGACGAUAGCCCUGGACUCAAGGCUAGCUCCACUAUCAUCUGGGGCGAGCAGGAUAUCGCGCUUGACAAGAGAAUUUGUCUGGAUGGGAUGGCUGAUUUCUUGGUUAAUAACAGUCAGAUUGUUUUGCUUCCGCGGUCGGGACAUUGGACGCCGAUUGAGACUGAGAGCAGUGCAGCUUUGAUUGCAGCUGUUGAAUGGGCUGUGCAAGGAGAACAUGGUGACAUCGAAACUCCCCUUGCGAAAACUUACCCCGGGGCCAAGAUUACUGCUCGUCGGUGA